ACUUCCCGGCAGCAGGACCCCCACGCCAUAUGGUCACUUUUUCCCAUCGUCUUCCCCACAUGCGGGAAGGUAGGGAAAAGCCGCCACGUAACAUCGUGAAGAUGAGCGAUAAAGCUCACUUUUUGAAAAUACAUCAUGAGUGAAGGAGUGAAGCUGAGGAAAGUGCAGACGAGAUCGCACUAUUCUAUUUAUCCGAGCGGCAGCAAGAUGAAAGCCGGUAGCGGCGACGGCAAGAUGAAAGCCGGUAGCGGCGGCGGCAAGAUGAAAGCCGGUAGCGGCGGCGGCGGAUCUCCGUCCGAUCCAAACCACCCUCCUCAACUCCCUUUGAUCAUCUCACUCAACUGUAUCGAAGACGUCUCCUUCGAACAACAAUCCCUAACCGGCAUAGCCUCUGUCGAACACGUUGCCCUCUCUGACCUCUCCGACGGUAGAAUCGAAUCCGCUGCCGUUGUACUCCUCCACUCCCUCGCCUUCUUACCCCGCGCGGCGCAGCGCCGACUCCAGUCAUGGCAGCUCAUCAUCUGCCUUGGAUCAAGUAGCCGUUUAGUUGAUUCUGCCUUAGCUACUGAUCUUGGCCUCCGCGUUGUACACAUUGAUGUGAGCCGUGCGGAUGAGAUUGCUGAUAGUGUUAUGGCUUUGCUUCUUGUUUUGCUACGGCGGUCGCAUUUGUUGGCAAGGCACUCUUCGGCGUCUUCAGCUGUGUCUGGAUGGGUCGGGUCGGUUCAGCAGCUGUGCCGGGGGAUGCGGCGGUGUCGAGGUCUGGUGGUUGGGAUUAUUGGGAAGUCUGCCUCAGCGCGUUGCUUGAUUGAGAGGGUUGUGGGGUUUAGGAUGAGUGUGAUUUACUUUGAUGUACUUGAGGGGAAUGGAAGGUCUCGUCACAGCUCUAUAGCAUUUCCUCCAGUUGCUAGAAAAAUGGACACUCUCAAUGAUUUAUUGGCAGCAAGCGAUAUUGUGUCACUUCAUUGUGUACUUUCAGACGAUACAGUGCAGAUUCUGAAUGCUGAAUGCUUGCAACAUAUAAAACCUGGAGCAAUUAUAGUCAAUACAGGUAGCAGCCAACUAAUAGAUGAUUGCGUUUUAAAGCAGCUAUUGAUUGAUGGUACUAUAGCAGGCUGUGCAUUGGAUGGCGCUGAAGGACCACAAUGGAUGGAAGCAUGGAUUAGAGAGAUGCCGAAUGUGAUAAUUCUUCCCAGGAGCGCUGAUUACAGUGAAGAAGCAUGGAUGGAAGUAAGGGAGAAAGCCAUUUGUAUGUUGCAAUCUUUUUUGCUUGAUGGAGUUAUUCCAAAUAAUGAUGUUUCUGAUGAAGAUGAAGAAAAGAGUGAUAUAGCAUAUGAUGAGCAAUCAGAGAAGCAAGUAAUGGAAAAUCCUCUGUUUUUUGAUGCUGAGCAGAGGAUAGAUGUAAGCCAGUUCAAUGCAGGAUAUAAUCAAAAGGUAGGGAUCAGUCAGUUGAAAGAGUCACAAGUUUCGGUGCUCUCUCAAAAUAUUGCCUCAAGAUCUGAGGGCAAGAACAGUAGUUAUAGCAAAAAAGGUAAGAAGAGAUCUGCACGGCAAAGAUCCCAGCGAAAAUCUGAUGAUUUCUCUGGAGUUGAUAGCUGUCACAGAUCUCACCAAGAUGAUGAUACUGCCACAAGUACUAGAGAACAAAGUUCUCGUUUUACUUUUCCUGAGGAUUCUAAAAAUAAGCAAGUUUGUCUUUUAGGACCAAACAUGGAAUCUGUUGAGAAACCAGUCACAGUAACUAAGGGAGUUGGUAUGAAAUCUGUUGAAAUUCUGAAAGAUGGCUUUGUAAUAGCUUUGCGUGCUAGAGAUCAUCCUGGCUUUCAUGUGUCUAGACAAAGAGUACCUGGUGCUGGUUGGUUCCUUGAUACAAUUUCCAGCAUAACUAAAAAGGAUCCUGCUGCACAAUUCCUUGUUUCUUUUAGGAGCAAGGAUACAGUAGGAUUGCGAUCUUUAGCUGCUGGGGGGAAACUAUUACAGAUAAACAGAAGAAUGGAAUUCGUAUUUGCGAGUUAUAAUUUUGACGUGUGGGAGAGUUGGAAGUUAGAAGGAUAUUCGCUUGAAGAAUGUAGGCUGGUCAAUUGUAGAAAUCCAUUGGCAGUAUUGGAUGUGCACAUUGAGAUUCUUGCAGCUGUGGGUGAAGAGGAUGGGAUUUCUCGAUGGCUUGACUGAUUUAUCAUCUAAGAUUUACCAAAGUGUGUUUGUUUGUUGUUUGGAUCCAUCUUAAAUUCUGCUGUGGGAUCUCCAGUUUUGAGUGUUUGCAAGGUAACUGUUCCUCAUAUUUUAUGUUCAAAUUUCAGAAAUCUUUCUCUUUAUUCAAAGUGGCACUUCAUAUGCUCCUUGUUAAUUUCUUCUGUCCUUCAUUUAUGGCAAUUUCAUAGCAGAUUGCAUAUCCUGUAUCUUGUAACUUUGUUCUCUUGUUGAUAUUCUGGAAGGUCACUACCAAUUGUAUAUUUAUGUAGACAUUUGUUUUUCUUGAAUUGGGCUUGUGCUUUCAAUGUAUUACUUUGAAUUGUGGCUUGAAUCAUAAAGAAUCCUCUCAUGACUA